AGUUCGUACAAACAGCAUGUGCUGUAAAGUGUAACACGCGCGCACUACUCGUACUCUCACCACGAUCACUCGCUUUAUCUACAUCAAUCUGUUGCACCGGUAUGGAACAGCUGAUCGAGUUGGUCAUUUCUUGUUUGAUUUGUUCACUCUGUUGUUGAUGGAAUACAUUACGUUUGUCAUUUUAUGCGAUCGGCAGUACAGUAUUUGAACAGUUAAAUUGCUCAGCUCUGGAUAAUAGCCACUCAUUAUCUUCCCAGUAGUACCAAGAAUCUUCAAGACAAAGAGAAGCAGUUCAAAAGAUAGCUAACACGGCAUCAAGAUGGUAGAAGGUGAUGACCCACCUGCUGUGGGUUUCUCCAGUGGAAAUGGAACUGUGCAGAUGAAUGGACACAGUAAUGAUGCAAGGGCAGAUGGACCUGCUGUGAUCGAUGUCUCCCCCAUACAUGAUGUCCCUGCUAACAAGCAUUCCGAAGGACCGCCUCCACCGGCCUACGUGGACAUUGUAGAGAAAAAACAGGAGGACAGUAAGGAAGGAGAUAAGGAGGAAAAGAAAGAAGCAAAGACAGUUGGCAUGUUUGAAGUGUUUCGGUUCGCUACGGGUCUGGACAUCCUGUUUAUUUUGCUAGCAUUCAUAAUCUCUCUCUGCCACGGCGUUGCCUUACCCGCAGUGCUACUUCUCUUUGGAGAAGUCACCGAUUCGUUCAUCGACACAGCCGCAGCCAACAUAACAGACAUUGGUUCAUCCUUUCAGAGUUCGGUCGACAGUAUUGUGACAUUCUCCAUAUACUAUACCUACCUCGGUUGCGGAGUCCUCGCUUUGGCAUACUUUCAGGUUGCCCUGUGGAACUUAGCGGCAGAGCGACAGAUCCACAAAGUGAGGCUUCGGUUUUUUAAUGCCAUUCUCCGUCAAGAGAUUGCAUGGUUUGAUGUCCAUAAGGGCGGUGAACUCAACACGAGGCUUGCAGAUGACAUUGACAAGAUCCGGAAUGGCAUUGGUGACAAGCUAGGCAUCAUGCUUCAGUAUACGGCUACCUUCGUCGCUGGUAUCACCAUCGGAUUCGUCAAGAGCUGGAAGCUGACUCUGGUCAUCCUGGCUGUCUCUGCUAUACUCAUUGUACCCUUGGUUGGCGCUACAGGAGUGAUCAUCCAAAAGAUGACCAAGCAAGCCUUAGAUGCCUACGCUAGGGCAGGAGCCAUUGCUGACGAGGUUUUCUCAAGUAUAAGAACUGUGGUUGCAUUUGGUGGUGAAGAGAAAGAAGUUGUCAGAUACGGCAAGAACUUGGAUGAAGCUAAAUCGAAGACCAUCAAGAAGGAUGUGUUCACACUCCUCGCGCAGGGCUUCCUAUUCUUCUCAAUGUUCUCCAGCUAUGCCAUCGCCUUCUGGUACGGCACAGUUCUUUAUUUAGAUGGUGAGAUCUCCCCUGGAGACAUUCUUACGACCUUCCUCGCUGUGCUCUUUGGUGCUUUCGCAGUAGGCCAAGCGGGACCAAACUUUGGAGACUUCACCACGGCCAGGGCUGCAGCGUCGUCCAUCUGGGAAGUCAUCGAUCAGGUUCCUACCAUCGACUGCUUCUCGAACGACGGGAAGAAACCGGAAAAAAUAACCGGUCAGGUGACGUUCGAAGGUGUCCACUUCUCUUACCCAUCCAGAGCAUCCGUCAAGGUGCUCAACGGCGUCAACUUGAAGGUGGACGUUGGAAAGACCGUCGCCAUGGUCGGCAGCAGUGGGUGCGGGAAGAGUACCUGUAUUCAGCUUAUCCAGAGGUUCUAUGAUGUUGCUGAUGGAAGUGUCAAGAUUGACGGCAUCGACAUCCGUGACCUCAAUGUGAGCUGGCUUCGAGAUCACAUAGGUGUCGUCAGCCAGGAGCCAGUCCUGUUUGCCACCACGAUCGAGGAGAACAUCCGCUACGGGCGUCUUGAUGUCACCCAUGAACAGAUAGAGAUGGCCGCCAAGGAAGCCAACGCCCAUGACUUCAUCUCCAAGCUUCCAGAGGGUUACUCCACGAUGGUUGGGGAACGAGGAGCCCAGCUCUCCGGAGGUCAGAAGCAGAGGAUUGCCAUCGCGAGGGCGCUGGUCAGGAACCCAACAAUCCUCCUCCUAGAUGAAGCCACCUCGGCUCUGGACACGGAGAGCGAGGCCACGGUGCAGGCUGCCCUUGAAAAGGCCCAGCAUGGUCGAACAACCAUCGUCAUCGCUCACCGUCUCUCUACAAUCGUUAACUCGGACCUCAUCUGCGCCUUCAAAGAGGGUGUGAUCGCCGAGCAGGGUACCCAUGGUGAGCUGAUGAAGAACGAGGGCGGGGUAUAUCACACUCUCGUCAUGAAGCAAGGCAUGAAAGAAAACGAGGAUAAGAAGGAGAUUCCGUUGGAGGAUGACGAUGAAGAAGAAGAAGAUGAUGUCAAGGGUGAAAAGGUGUACAGAGCUGGGUCUGGAAAGAAACUGUCACGUAAUUUAUCACGCACACAGUCACAGAUGUCAGGAGAUGAUGAAAAGGAGGAAGAGGAAGAUUAUGAGAAGGAGCUCGAGAAGCACUUCAGUAUGAUGCGAGUUUGGAAGCUCAACACCCCUGAAUGUUGCUUCAUCUUCUUGGGUUGUAUCGGUGCUGCAAUCAACGGGGGUGUCCAACCGGGAUUCGCUGUGGUCUUCAGUAAGAUCCUUGGGGCUUACAGUAUCCAAGACCGAGCUGCCUUGUUCGAUGAAGUGACCAUAUACUGUAUUCUCUUUGCUGUUCUUGGUGUUGCUGCAUUAUUAGCUAGUAUCAUACAGGGUAUUGGAUUUGCCAAAUCUGGAGGUGAACUUACACUGAGGCUUCGCAGCAUGAUGUUUAGAGCUCUACUCAGACAGAACGUUGCCUUCUUCGAUGACAAGAGGAACGGAACGGGUGCAUUGACAACCAAAUUGGCCACAGAUGUCUCUCUCAUUCAAGGAGUUACUGGUUUACGACUUGGCAUGCUUUUUGAGGUGUUCUGCAACAUCGGCGUCGGCAUCGUCAUCUCGUUCGUCUACAGCUGGCAGAUUGCGUGCCUCCUUCUCUUCGCCUUUCUGCCGAUCCUGUCACUGGCUGGAAUGAUUGGCUGGAAGAUCCUCCAAGGGAACUCAAUCGGUACAGCCGGUAGCCAGGCUGAGGUUGGCAAGCUUGUCUCCGAGAGUAUUGAGAACAUACGAACGGUUCAGUCACUGAAUCGAGGGCAAACCUUCCAUGAGAAAUACUGUGAACUUCAGAAGACCCCUUACAGACAAGGUAUCAAGGGAGCUUUUGCAGCCGGUCUAGCUUUUGGCUUCUCUCAGGCAACCAUCUUCUUUGCCUACUCUGCUACAUUCCGCCUUGGUGCCUACCUCGUUGAGACCGGAGAGAUUUCGUUCACUGAUGUAUUCCUGUCAUUCUCUGCCCUGAUGUUUGGUGCCUUUGGGCUAGGUCGGGCUGCAGGAUCUGUACCGGAUUUCUCCAAGGCUAAAGUGGCUACGGGAGAACUCUUCUAUCUGGUGGACCGUAAACCGGAAAUUGAUACUUUCAGUGAUGAGGGAGAAAAGCCGGCAAGCUACAGUGGAUCAAUCAGCCUCAACAACGUCCGGUUCCGCUACCCUACACGUCCCGAUGUCCCUGUCCUGAGGGGGCUUUCCGUCUCGGUGAACCCCGGGGAAACCCUGGCUCUGGUGGGCAGCAGCGGGUGCGGGAAGAGUACCACCAUACAGCUGGUAGAGAGGUUCUAUGAUCCUCUCUCAGGUUCUCUUAUGUUUGACUCUCACGAGUCCUCGCUGCUCAACACACGAUGGCAGCGUGCCCAGGUCGGUCUGGUGUCCCAAGAACCCGUUCUCUUUGACCUGUCCAUCGCAGAGAACAUCAAGUAUGGCGACAACUCGCGUGAAGUCUCCAUGGAAGAGUGCAUCGAGGCAGCCAAGAAGUCUAACAUCCAUGACUUCGUGGAUUCGCUCCCCAUGAAAUACGACACCAACGUUGGGUCAAAGGGCACCCAGCUCUCUGGGGGUCAGAAGCAGAGGAUUGCCAUAGCGAGGGCGCUGGUCAGGAACCCCAAGGUUCUGCUGCUGGACGAAGCUACAUCGGCCUUGGACACUGAGAGCGAAAGGGUUGUCCAAGAUGCUUUGGACGAAGCCAAGAAGGGCCGGACGUGCAUCACCAUCGCCCAUCGUCUCUCCACCAUCCACAACGCCGAGAAGAUCGCCGUCAUCCGGGAGGGGAAGCUGGCCGAGUUUGGCAAGCACGAGGAGCUGAUGGCCAUGAAGAUGCAGUACUAUUCGCUCUACACGGCCCAGUCCCUGCAGCAGUGAGCCCCACACAUUGCUUGGGGAGAAGAAUCAAGUUUGUUUGCGGAAUUAUCCCCAGGGCUCUGUAACACAAAGGUUUGCAAUGAAUUGCAAAUAUGAAAGAACCGCACAGAUUGGUCCCCAGUCAGUAUUUUAAACAGAGUGCUCAUGCAACAAUGGUCUUGAUUGGUCAUUGGUAUUUAGCGAUCGAUUGCAAACCUUGGUGUUACGGAGCCCUGGUCUACCUGCCAUUCUGUCUUUCCCCACUUGGUGUAAUCCUAAACCAUCCGGUUCUUGAGAUCGGUCUAGACCAAGUGAGAAUUAACCGAAUCAACUGAUUUGCUUAAUUGCCUCUUGGCCUACACCCACUUUGUCCACCUUACAUUUGGUCUCAUUCCACAUGGUCCAAUCCUGCUUAGACCCACUCAGUCCUUGAGACAUUGAAUUAUUGGCUCAUUUGCUUCAUUGCCACUUGGUCUACCCCCACUUUGUCUACUUGCCAUGUGGUCUCUUCCCAAAUGGUCAAAUCCUAGUUUGUCUACGAACCGUUGUCUACUGAAGCAUUUGGUCAUAUUGCCACCUAGCCCAUGUCCCUUUGUGACUUUAUUUCCAAUAAGGAUAUGCACCUUUCAUCCAAUAUCCACUUGAUCAAACAAUGCUUUGCAUCUAUUUAUUGGUUGACUGAUCAUGAAACAAAUUUUUACAAAGUGGAAAAGAGUAAAGCAUUUUCUGUGCAUUUAAUCUACCCUUGGUCAUGUAGAUGAAAAGCUAGUGUUGAAAGAUGUGUAUGGAAUGGUAUAGAGUAGAUUACAUUUCUUCAUGCACAUUUAUCUAUUAACACUUUUCACAUAUAAGUUAUCACGCAGUACUUACUACAUGUAGUUAUCAUUUGUGCUCUUGUGUAUUAUCUCUGUCCCUGUUAAUCACUGUUAAUCUGUAGGCUGACUUUUGUAGUGGUUUAUGACAUAUUUUGCAUAGAUAUUUGAAAAAUAUAUAUAUAUGUUUAUUCUUUAAUGUGCAAAGCACUGCUGCACAUGAAAGCACGACUAAAAUCUAAACAUACUGAAUAUGGUUAACCCAUGAAUUAUUAAGUCAAGUGCAGCAAGGGGAUCUGGACCAAUUUUCAACAAUUUUAAAAGACUACUGAAACUUUGAACAAUAUGUUUUCUCAACUACUCUCUUACAGGUAACCAGCUACAUGUUGAGAAUAUAUGUAUUAAAUAAAUAAAUAAAAAAAAACAUUCCUGAUGCCAAGAUGGGAUGAAAUAUGAGUGAUCUUGCUUUAUUAACGAGUAACCUGUUUAUAAAUGAAUGAAUGUGGACUUGCUUUUUUUCACAUCCAUAAAAUGAUGAUAUGUCCAGCUGAUUGUUAUUCAUUCAACCAGAAGUCUAUCAAUUGAAAACCAAGCUCUUAUACAUUCAAAACCAUAAAACCAAAUUCCUCUACCUCCUUGUGUUAGCAUGUCUUUAAGUCAAAGAAAUGUAUACACAAUGUAUGUACUUAUGUAAUAGUCUAAAGGCUGUGCAUGUAUAUUUGUCCAUAUAACACUUAUAUUUUUAUAUCUGCAAGUAUUUAUCAAUGUGUGCCAACUUUAUGAGCUGCAAAUGGUUAUCGGCUUAACGAAGGAAGUAGGAAUGCACAUAUAUUUUUUCUCUAUCGUUCAUGUAUUUGUACAUUUUUUUGGUUGGUUCUACACAUGUUUAUGCUGCCUGGUAUUAUCAUUUCUGACUCGCUCAUCAAGAGUUGUGUUUGUUUCUAAAAGUUGCGACUGAUUUAAACUGUGCUAAAAGUCGUGGUUGAUUUUAAUCAGUAUCAAAGUUGCACUUGCGUCAAAACCGAUCUCAGAGUUGCUAUUGUUUUGAAAUGGGCUCAAAGUUGCGAUUGAUUCGAACCAGUAUCGUGACUUUCCUGAGCUGAAUGGGCAGAUUCCAUGUGCAAAUAGAAUUUCCCCCAACAAUCGAAACCAGAAAACUGUAUUAUGGCACUGCAUUUCAUCUAUAUACUGCACUUGGUUUUAAUGGAAUUUUCACCUUUUUUUUUGUAUGCAAUAUCUGUGAGGCUUGAUAAAGAAAUAUUUAUUUAUAUAAUAAUGAUCAGAGACUGGUACCAAUAGGCUGAUUGGUAUGUUGUUUACUCUAAGUUCUUUAUUGUUUGUGAUGAUGUAUUCCAUGAAUAUUAAAGGAGAAUGAAACUCUUGGAGCAAGUUAGCUUUUGUGAAAGCAGAAAAAUCAAAGAAUAAGAUCAACAAAACUUUGAG